UCCAUUCUUUAUUUUGCACAAGCACAGUCUACAUUACCCUUGCCAUUAAAAAAAGACUGAAAAUCUGGGGCUGAAGUAAAACAUCCAUGACAUGCCACCUGGAGCUAGGAAUGUAGCUUUGUGUCAGCAGGAGACCAAGUGUGAGUGGUGGUUCUGGCUUGCUAAGUGGAUACCAGAGCUUUUGUUCCCAUUUAUGAGCUUCCUAGGUUCAUAAAACGGACAGAACAAAGAAGUCUGUCCUAUGUUUAUUUUUCAGAGUAGUCUAGCAUAUGUUUCUCAAGAAUGGUCUGCAAAUCUUUUGCAUCAGAAUCGCCAGAGAAAUUUGUUUAAAUAGAGAUUAAAGGGAUAUAGGUCAGAUCAAAAUCUCUGGUAGUUGGGGACCCAGGAAUCUUCAUUUUAAAACUUAAACCAAGUGAUUCUUACGCUCAACAAAGUGCAGGAAUUGGCCCCGUGAUCUUGGCUUUUUAACCACACCAUGCCUCAAUUUCCCCCUUCUGCACAAGACAACAAGAGUUCCUGGAUAUCUUGCGAGUUAGUACUCUUUGCCUAGCCGGAUUCAGAGACAUGGCCGCUAAGAGGUGACCCGGGGAUCCCCUGAGGUCCCCUCAUUCCUGGUGAAUUGUAAAUUCAAUUUGAGAAGAGAGAGAGGAAGGGAUUUCCGAUACUUAAGACCACCCUUUGGAUCCUAGAGAUGAUGCCCGCACAACUGUGUAUCAGAUUUCAGGGCGCGUUCGGCUAAUACUGUUGCCGGCCAGCCGCCGUCGUUCGUCGAGUGACGCAACAAGGAGUACUCUCUGGCCCUUGUCACUCGACUACCAAGAUGGCGGCCCCCAGGAGCUGCGCUAUAUGGAGCUAUUGCGGCCGUGGGUGGUCGCGGGCGAUGCGGGGCUGCCAGCUCCUCGGGCUUCGAAGCUCUUGGCCCGGCGCCCCACUAAGUGCUCGGCUCUUGUCCCAAGAGAAGCGGGCAACGGAAACGCACUUCGGGUUUGAGACUGUGUCGGAAGAGGAGAAGGGGGGCAAAGUCUAUCAGGUGUUUGAAAGUGUGGCUAAGAAGUAUGAUGUGAUGAAUGAUAUGAUGAGUCUUGGUAUCCAUCGUGUUUGGAAGGAUUUGCUGCUCUGGAAGAUGCGCCCGCUUCCUGGGACCCAGCUGCUUGAUGUUGCUGGAGGCACAGGUGACAUUGCAUUCCGGUUCCUUAAUUAUGUUCAGUCCCAGCACCAGAGAAAACAGAAGAGGCAGUUAAGGGCCCAACAAAAUUUAUCCUGGGAAGAAAUUGCCAAAGAGUAUCAGAAUGAAGAAGAUUCCUUGGGCGGAUCUCGGGUCGUGGUUUGUGACAUCAACAAGGAGAUGCUAAAGGUUGGAAAGCAGAAAGCCUUGGCUCAAGGAUACAGAGCUGGACUUGCAUGGGUAUUAGGAGAUGCUGAAGAACUGCCCUUUGAUGAUGACAAGUUUGAUAUUUACACCAUUGCCUUUGGGAUCCGGAAUGUCACACACGUUGAUCAGGCACUCCAGGAAGCUUAUCGUGUGCUGAAACCAGGAGGACGGUUUCUCUGUCUGGAAUUUAGCCAAGUGAACAAUCCCCUCAUAUCCAGGCUUUAUGAUCUAUAUAGCUUCCAGGUCAUCCCUGUCCUGGGAGAGGUCAUCGCUGGAGACUGGAAGUCCUAUCAGUACCUUGUAGAGAGUAUCCGAAGGUUUCCGUCUCAGGAAGAGUUCAAGGAGAUGAUAGAAGAUGCAGGCUUUCACAAGGUGACUUAUGAAAGUCUAACAUCAGGCAUUGUGGCCAUUCAUUCGGGCUUCAAACUUUAAUUCCUUUCCUAUCAUGGACCAUGAACCAGUCACAUCCUGUUGAAAGCCUGGAACUGAAGGAUAAUGUGGCAAAUGAGACAGCAGCAGAGCAUCUCCUCUUAAGGAUACGUGCCUUGGACUCAUGUUUGCAUCCAACAGUCUCAAAGUGGAAGAACAAAUUCUUGUCACUUUUUUACAGCUUUCUUUGGAGCUGCUUCAGUCCAUCUCCCAGAGGCAUUUGGUCUGUAUCUUUGCUUAACUGCUAAUUUCUCUUGGCUGUAGGGUGUGUGGUUAAGGUACAACCACCACUAAAGCUCAGUUUUGAAGUGAGUGUAUUUAUAGCUGCUCUGUUGGUGCUGCCUUCUACAGGGAUAAUAGAUCAUUUAAACCCAAUGACGAUUUUUAACCAGAAAAUUUAAUUGUACCUGAAUCAACCUUUCAGCCUAGGACUAAGUCUAGGCCCAAGUCAGAGUACUAAUGAUCAUGAGAAUUGUGUGCUGAACCAGUAAACGAGUUUACCUUUUGA